AUGGCUCCUUCUCUUGACGUGACCCACAUCGGCACUGCCACCGCCAUCCUCGAGAUCAACGGUGUCAAAUUCCUGACAGACCCUUUCUUCUCCCCCGCCGGUACCUCCUGGGACCGCGGCCGAGUCAUCCUCAAGGUGACCGAAGACCCCAGCCUCCGUCUAGACCAGCUCCCCGUGAUCGACGCAGUGCUCUUAAGCCAUGAAGACCACCCCGACAACCUAGACGAACUCGGCCGCCAACUCCUGGACGGCCGCCGCGUCUUCACAACCUCGGAUGGAGCCAAGAACCUCGCGCCUCGCCCCGCCGUGCACGGCAUGAAUGCAUGGGAAGAGAUCGACAUCCCCAUUGCUGGCAAGCAGUUCAAGAUCGUGGCGGUCCCAACGAAGCAUGUUCCUGGAAAUGAAUGCACCGGUUUUAUCGUCACCGGAGAAGACUUCGGCCAUGGGCGCGAGGGUCUGCCCAAUGCAAUCUACUUUACUGGUGACACCGUCUAUAUUGAUGAGCUUGACUCCAUUGCCAAUCGGUACCAUGUUUGUGCCGCCGUGAUGAAUCUCGGCAAUGCUCAUGUUCCUACUUCUGGCGAUCCUGAUAGUCCUCGCAUUCAGAUUACCAUGGGAGGCAAGGAUGGGGCUAAGUUGUUUCGGGCUCUGAAGGCUGAUGUUCUUGUUCCCAUGCACUAUGAAUCUUGGGGACAUUUCACUCAGUUUGGGGAGGAGCUGCGCCAAGUCUUUGAGGAAGAAGGUAUCAGUGAUAAGAUUUGUUGGUUGAAGGGUGGCGAGAAAGUUUCUGUUCUGUAG